CUGAAACUCAAAUUCAUAUACGUUUUCCCCCACCCAGUCAACUACUGGUGCUUUAGCUUACCAUACUCAAUGAACACAAAUUCUGAGGAUGUUUCUACACAACCUACGCAAGCAGACAAGGACGAGUCGUCUUUGAGCGCUCAUCUCUGGUUUCCAGAACCUGAAGCUCAAGAAGAGCGAGUUGUUGCCAUACCUCAGGCAUCUGGUUCAUCUUCGCUGUUGAGGGAUCGCCUGUAUAUUGGAAACCUGCACCCCACUGUCGAUGAAUAUGCACUUCUACAGGUCUUCACGAAGUUCGGCAAAGUAUCGAAACUCGACUUCCUCUUUCACAAGACGGGUCCGAACAAAGGGAAGCCACGCGGAUAUGCGUUCCUACAGUAUUUGCAUGAAGGUGAUGCCCAGAAGGCAUUGGAAAGCAUUAAUGGAAAGCUAUUACGGGGUCGUAAGCUGGCGGUAACUUUUGCUCAUCAAGCUCCGCUCGAACAGCCCGGUGGAAUGCGACAGGUGGGCAGGGCGAGAAGAAUCGAUGCACGGCCGACUACCCUGAGCAUGAUGAAGAGUGGAAUUCAUGCUCGGUCAGAAGGCACAGAUAACAAGAUUGCGAUGAUGGAGGCGAAAUUACGCCAGAUGGAAUCGAGCACCGCCAAUUCGUCUAACUCAUUACCGCCAAAACCGCCGCCACCAUUAUUGGCUUCGGCCUCAAGGCAGUACCCUGGUUCGGGGGGCUCUCUCUCUUCUAGAAAUCCCGCAGGCCCAACCGUUCGGCGUCCCACCACCCGCGUGGAACCUAUUGCCCAUCUAGGGCAUUCUGUAGAGGCUGAUACCACACCUUCAACAUCAUUGACAUCGCUCUAUACUCGACCAGAGGUCGUCAAGUCAUCCAUGUCUUGUAAACGCCUAAUACCCGGUGUGAAGAUCGUCAAAGAACGUAGUAAAUGAAGACCUGUACAGUCGACACUCGCCGCUGAGAUCGUUCCGAUGGUGUCAAGCCUUUCUCCCCAGAUCUUCAUACAUCUUAGCUCACUUCCGAGUUGUCCUGAUGUAGUCCUAUAUGAAUUCUACUAUCAUCGCGGUCUAAGAGUUGAGCGUUCUCAAGUGUUUUCCACAAAGUCAGUUUACACUCCGACCACCUCUACCGUCCAAAAUGAGAAACCAGUGUAUAAAUCUCCUUCGGUCACUUGGCUGUUUCCCCAUGUCGAUGCCCGAAGCUGGAGAGUUAUUGUAUAUCAAUCUCAGCAGUCACACGGUAUCCAGCAUGUUCCGAUAUCUCACACUUUUACCAAUCUA